CUUAAGUGAGAUCGGAACUCUCUUAAAAUCGUGAUCUUGUACAAAGCUACACUGUAAAUAACAUAUCUCUGACCCUGAUGUAAUCUGUCAUUUACUAACACGGCCACUGGGAUGAUUUUGUAUGGUUUGACAAAAAUAGCACUUUUAGUGGUUAUUCUGGACCCAGGAAAGCUGCUCUGUGAUGGAGUCCAACUGUUCACAAAUGUUGGAAGAACGUUAUACUUGAGAUGUGACGUGACGACUUCUCACAUUCAGUUCGUCUGGAUCAAAGAACAAACAACUAUGGCGUCUGGUCCACCGGAUGAAGUGAAGGCGGAACGGAACAGGCUAUCCCUCAGCAGACCCAGAGCAGGAAUUCGCGAACUCACCAUAAAUGACGUCAGAACUUACGAUGCGGGAAACUACUUAUGUAUUGUAACACUUACCAACGGAACCAGACUGUCUUUUUUGACCACAGUGCAAGUGAAGAGCCUGCUGACCAUAGAGACAACACGAAACACAUAUAUAAACCAACAAACCACAGAAGCGUCGAUACAGGACGAAGAUAUCACUACUUCAAAACCAAAGGGAAAUAUAGCCCAAAAAGUGGCUUUCGUUGGGGAGACUGUAGUUCUAUCGUGUCCAGUUUACAGUAGUUCUGUAAAGUUCGGGUGGCAAAAGAACGGAAUCCUUCUAGCGUAUGGUCCACCAGACACGGUACUUAUUAAUGAAGAGAGGAUUUCGAUCAGUGCUGCCACCUAUGGUUGGCGACAACUAGUAAUAAAACACGCUGUUGUCGGGGAUAGUGGAAUAUACCUAUGUGUGGUGGAACAAGGGAUCGGCAGUCCAUUCAAAAUGUCUACAGACGUCCGAGUGGUUACGAAGGAGAAUUCUGCGACAACUUCCGAUUUGGCAACAUUAUCAACUUCGCAAGAAGGUGAAACGGAGUUUAGUGCUAAGCAAACAACAUCGACAACUUCAUCAUCAGCAGUAUCCUCUCCAACAGAAAUGGUGCUGAAUAACACAACAAACCUGUCAGUUAAAGUCGUCAUUAGUAAAUCUAAAUUAUUUGGACUUCUUGUCAUCGCCAUCAUUAUUUGUAAUUUGUGAGUAGGCGACACUCCGACUAUAACUUAUCAUGAUGCAUAUACGAAAAAUUCAACAAAACCUUUACUUUGACUCCUCUAUAUCACCCUGGAUAUGAUCAGACAAUUACAUCUUCGACCUUAUUGUUUGCUAUCUUUUUGGUUUUGUACACUUUUGAACAAUAUUUCAGAGUUUGUGUUAUUUGUGAUAAUUAUCUAUGAUCGAGGGAUAAGGACAGAUGCACUGUGUAUGUGGAUAUCUUGUGUAAAGAUAUGACAACAUGUCUUAUAUUUGCUGAUUUCCACCAGUGUUAAUGAUUGUGAAGCCUAAUUUUUAUCAUUUGUUACAUUUCAUAAAUAACCUAUUUCAUUCUCAA